AUGGACUGGCAGAAGAGCCUGGGCUUCACUGACAGGCUUCGCGCCAUUCAGUCUCUUACCACGGCCUUCCAGCAAACAGCAUCAUCAGCUGCAUAUACAGAAGCUCAAAAUAAGGCCAGGCAGCUUGAAAGUGAAGCCUACAGUCAAGCAAAGACGAAGGAUGAAUAUGAUCAAACAUGUCAGAAAGCCAUCGAUGCUGCCGAAUCAGCCGCGGGCGGGGCCAAGGAUAUAGACGUCCAACAUGAUGACGAGUUUCGAGACCCAGAUGUCUCUUCCGACCCGGUAGGCGAAAAAAUUGGACCUUACUUAUCCUGCUUUCAUCAUUUCGAUGGAUUACAUUCGCGUAUUUACAGGACCAAAGCCGACGAUGGCUCUUUGCGUGCUGUAAAGAUUAUGACCCCCCACAUGAUGAUGGCCCCUCACGAUGGCCUACGUGAAGUUCGCCUAUUGAAGGAGGCAUCUGGGGAUCAUGUGAUUCGUUUGAUCGAAACCUUCAAGUUGGAAGGAGGCCGAAUCGUCUUGGUCUUCCCGUUCCUAAGAUAUGACUUGGAGCGUCUGCUUCGACGUGAUGCGAUAACUGCUAACCAAACCCGCUCAGUACUCCGGGAUCUCUUCUCUGGUCUCGCCCACUGUCAUAAACUAGGCAUCAUUCAUCGCGAUAUUAAGCCAUCAAAUAUCCUGCUGGAUUCUCCAGAUGGGCCGGCCUAUGUAGCCGAUUUUGGCAUUUCAUGGAAAGAAGGAGACCCAGGGUGUGAGCCCUCGGAUUCCAAGAUCACAGAUGUGGGCACUACUUGCUACCGACCUCCCGAGAUUCUAUUCGGGUACACUGGUUACGGAACAUCCUUAGAUCUUUGGGCCGCCGGGUGCGUGGUGGCAGAGGCCACUAGCGUUGGCCAUCGGGCUCUUUUUGACUCUGGGCCUGUCGGGAGCGAUCUAUCACUCAUCCAGUCAAUAUUCCAAACACUAGGGACACCCAACGAGCAUACUUGGCCCGGAGUCCAUGUGCUACCUGAUUGGGGAAAGGUGGAAUUUCACCCCUUCCCAGCACAGGCGUGGGGGGGCUAUAAUGCCAGGGGCGUCCUCCAAUGCCCGAGAUCUAGUCCGUCGGUUGAUUCGUUACGAGGCCAGUCAGAGGCUCUCUGCGGAGGAGGCCCUCCGACAUCCCUACUUCUCCGCACUUUAAUAUCGGAGCAUGUCUAG